CUCUCUCCUCUCUGCUCCGACCACCGUCCUCUCUUCCUCCGGUUCUUCUCUACGGAUGUCAGUUGAUAUCUGCAAGAAGAAUCCAUCAUUUCUUUGGUGUGAUUGUGGUUAUUAUAUGAGCAAAGGGAAGUUGUGGUGCUUCUUGUUCAAACAUUUAACUUUGCCUUAAAAAAAUCUUUCAAGCUAAUCUCUUCCCCUGUCUUUUCUUUUUUUUUGGCUCACAUUUUUAAUUGUUUCUUCCCCUGUCUUUUCUUUUUUUGGCUCAAUUUUUUUUUUCACUCUUUGAGUUUCUCUGUAAUGGGGAAAAAUAGCUUAGCACCUGGCUUUAGGUUUCAUCCCACUGAUGUUGAACUUGUAAGAUACUACUUGAAGAGAAAAGUCUUGGGAAAAAAGUUCAUGACUAAUGCCAUAGCUGAGCUUGACAUUUACAAGUUUGAACCACCUGAUUUACCUGAGAAGUCAUGCUUAAGGACAGGAGAUCUUAAGUGGUACUUCUUCUGCCCAAGGCUUAAGAAGUAUCCCAACGGUGGUAAAGCAAACCGUUCUACUGAAUCUGGUUACUGGAAGACCACGGGGAAAGAUAGAGAUGUUACUUACAAUGAUGAGGUUGUUGGUAAAAUCAGAACUCUGAUUUUUCAUUACGGGAAGACGCCUCGUGGGGAACGUACUGAUUGGGUUAUACAUGAGUAUAGACUUGAAGACAAAACACUGGAACAAAAGAAUGUUCCUCAGGAUGCUUAUGUGAUUUGUAAACUAUUCAAGAAGAAUGGACUUGGACCAAGACAUGGAUCUGAAUAUGGAGCUCCAUAUAAAGAUGAGGAUUGGAGUGAUGAGGAAGAUAGAGAUAGUCUUGUAGCUAUUCCUGAUCCUGGUCUUGUUGCUUCGGCAUCACACUCACAUCCUUCUGAGGAUUGUUUUAAUGGAGUGAUGUCAGAAUCUUGUGUCUCUGAUGUACCGCAAGUAACUACCACAUUGAUUCCAGCUCUAACAAGUGAUGUUGUAGCUCAGCCUCUCUUGUCUUCUUCUUCUCUUCUUGAGGUUCCUCAGGGAGUACAAGAUGACGAUGACUUUUAUUCUAUGCUGGAUCUCUUUGUUGCUGACAAUGAUGAGUCUUUACUUCUGGAGGGAUUCAAUAACCAAAAUGAGGUGAGACAUGAGCCUGAGGUUCCUGUUGUGGAGGAAGCUCCUGUUUGCUUAGAAGAUGUGGAUAUGAGCUGGAUACAAGACUUGGGCGAUGAGAUAUUCAUAGGCACAGAGGAUCUGAUUGAGCCAUCCACUCCUCCCGCUGCUCAAGCUGGUCAUCCCGGUGACUCGUGAAGCUAUAGUCAAGAGCUAAAACUAUUCUAGUUGUCAGUGCUGUUUUGAAGAUCAUUUGAUACUUUACAGCCAUGGAAACACAGAGACAAAACCUUGUGAAUCUUUAACCGUAAUGUUUCUUUUGUGGCAGUCUUUCUGUUUCCACAGAAAGGAGAGACAAAACCAUGAAUCAGUAGUAGUAGUAACUUGAAAUCAUCAUGAACUUCUAUGUUGUGUUGCCUUGAUAGAUUUCAUUCAUCAUUAUUUAUGUCUGAAAAGAGUCAUGCGAACUUCUGUGUUUCCAUGAAUCUUACCUUGAAACAUAAAGC